GCUGCUGAAGACCUACUGAAAAGGAACUACAAGAAAUGGUGUAGGGCAUUCUACACUCCAUUAUCUUGUUGUGACAGUGUAGACAACAACAUGAGUGAGGUGUUUAAUGCAUACAUCUUGAGUGCAAGGCACAAGCCUAUUAUUACCAUGUUGGAAGAUAUCAGAGAGGGUUUGAUGGAAAGACUGCAUAAGAAAAGAGAUUUCAUUGGGAAAAAGGAGAUAAUGUUGUGUCCUAGGAUCCAAAUUCAGUUAGAGAAACACAAAAUUUGGGCUAGGGGUUGGAAUGCAUACUGGGAUGGUGGGUUUUGCUAUGGAGUAAGAGAAGGUGCAACACAGGUUAAGUAUGUGGUGGAUCUGAACCAACAUACUUGCAGUUGCAAUGCAUGGCAGGUGAGUGGGAUUCCAUGCAAACAUGCAAUUGUUGCUAUAUGGAAUAAAGUAGACCACCCAGAACAAUAUGUCAAUGCAUAUUUCUGCAAACAGACCUACAUGAAGGCAUAUGAAUUUUUGUUAGAGCCUUUAAAUGGUCCUCAAGAGUGGCCUACUUCUGAUAGCAUUGUUGUGGCUCCAAAUGUGAAAAAGGUCAAUGGAAGACCUAAAACAAAGAGGAGAUAUGGUGUUGGAGAGGUAACUGCAUCUGGUAAGCUGAAGAGAACAGGUUGUUCUAUGAAAUGCAGCUUAUGUGGUGUGAUAGGCCACAACAAAAGGGGUUGCAAGAAUGCCCCUAAGCAACAACAACACAGCAACAAUCAUGCUACUGCAGAGCAGACCACACCAUAGCAACAACACCCAAGAACCAGUUCAGCUAUACCAAUGCACAAUAGGGGUGUGGGUAUUUAUACCUACCCAAAUGGGUAUCAAAGAAUAGCUACUCCUAUAUCACAACACUUCCCCACACCACAGAGGCAAAGACCUCCUGCAGCUUUCUAUUCUGAUCAUGGGGGUGAGCAAACCAUCUACUCCUUCCCUGCACAUGACUUCCCAUUGUCACAGACUCAACCAAGUCAAG